UCUUGCUGCGCAAAACAUUUUGCAUUCAAUUGCUAUUUGAAGCACAAGUGACGAAAACGUUCUCAUUUAUAAGCGUUUAAUACAUUGUUAUUUCAUCAGAAAAUCUGACAUUUUCUAGUGGGUUGUAUUAAUCUCAAUUUAAUAGUUUGAAAAAAAAGUGAAAAUGUUGAGAAGUGUGUGCUUCAUGCGGCUUCACACGGCCGGUGUCGUAGUCGGCUAUUUGGGAUUGGCAGGCUCCAUUUUCAUAGCAAUUGCCUCGGCCUGCGCCAUAGGAUUUGCUGAUGUGAUCGCAAAAGCCGUUGAGGAGUCGAUGAAACAACCGGAUCCCAAGGCACAUGAUGAAAUCCAUAUGAUGAUUGUCAUCUUCGGCUGCAUCUACUUGGGCAGUGCUUUAAUUAGUACUAUGUCUUCAGGAAUGCUCAUUAUAGGCACAAUGAAGAACCGCCACUUGAUGAUGCUGCCCUGGUUGGUCCUCAAUGCAAUUGGUCUUUUUUCGAAAAUUGUAUAUAAUUUAGUUUUGAUAUAUGCUCUAUAUCAAGCUCCAAUGCAGUUCGCAUUGAUUUUCGUAUUAUCGAUGCUUUCUUUAGCAUUUUAUGCAUACAUCUACGCUGGCAUCUAUUCGCUGUUCAAGCACAUUCAAUUGAGCAAUGACGAACAGCGGCCAUUGGUGCGCUCUGAUAAUGGAACACAUGAUGGUACAACUUACCCAAACUAUACUAAAAUAUAAAUUGGGGAAGAACCAUUUUCAAUACAAUACGUUUGCAGAUAGCAGCUAAUCGAUCGUGAUAUCGCGAAGCCUUAAAAUGUAACGAGUACCAGCAUUGCUACUAAUGUGAAGAAAUUUAUGCAUUCUAAUCAUCGAAUUGUACUAUCUAUCUAUUAUUUUUGUCGUACGUAAUUGUUUUCAAAUAAAUUCAUAUACAUAUACACGUAUACUAUAU